GUUCCUAACCAGGGAUCAUACUCAUUUGGGGAAAGUGCUCCUUUAAUUCAGUCUUCCUAUUGUCACCAAUGCAUGACUUGAAAACAAGGAAAAAUGGCACUCGAGGAGUUUACAAAGGCCAAAUCACAGUAUCCUUGUUGUACCUCAUCUUCGAGUAUGAGAUUUCUUUUGCAUACCUAUUCUUAAUAGGAAAUUACAAUCGUAAAAAAGUAUUUGCAUAUUUCUCAAAUUCCUAGAAUCAUGUUUUUUCCAUUUCAAUAUUUCUUCUGAACAAACUGUGUGCAGUGUAUGAAAAGGAACCACUGAGAUUCUGACACUGCUAUCCUCAGGUGAUCUGAUAAACAAAAUGUUUCUGAGUACAUCCAUCAGAAAUAGAGUUUUGUGUUGAUCUAUAUAUGAAUAGAGGAAAAGUUACUUAUUUUUAGGAUGCCUGGAUUUUGUACACAUUUUCUCCCUGGAAGUAGCAACUUUUGCUCUCCUGAGAACCCGUGCUUUUUUAAAAAUUAUGGUUAAUCAGUCGGUUGAUUUCAGCACUUUGCAAACAAUACAUUGUACUCUUGAUAACUAAAUAAGUAUUCCCUGCCAGCCGGUGUGGCCAAGUGGUUCUAGGUGCUACAGUUUGGAACCGCGCGACCACUACGGUCACAGGUUCGAAUCCUGCCUCGGGCAAUGUGUGUGAUGUCCUUAGGUUAGUUAGGUUUAAGUAGUUCUAAGUUCUAGGGGACUGAUGACCUCAGAUGUUGAGUCCCAUAGUGCUCAGAGCCAUUUGAGCCAAGUAUUCCCCUUACUUUCCACCUUUUGUUAAAUGUAUGAUCGUUAUAAUCAAGAUAUAUAGAGUGACAAUUGCAUUUUGUGCUGAAGAGAACAUGGAAAUGGAUUUCAGUGUAUUAUUUGCAAAAUUAUUCACAAUCCUUCCAUUUUUGACAUGUUCAUUGCGUGUCAAAGAACAUUUAAUACAAUAAGUAGUGAAGAAAGGAAAAGGCUGAAGCAUAUUUACUCAUUUAAUAUAUCUGAAAAUUUGUUUAAUAUGUAUAUACUUUUAAAUUUUACAUUACAUUGAUCUAUUGUGUUUUGCAAAACUUUUAUGUGUAUGAAAUACAAGAAAUGGAAGAACACAUUGUCUCUUGCUGUUAUGCUGCAUUGGUUUGUGUUGUGACAAAAGUGUGGUGCUUGUUUGUUCUACUGUUGGGGGUAAAAUGCAGAGGUGAAAGUGCAUUGAAUAUGGUUUUCAAGUGGCAUUUAAGUGAUACCUACAUAGAUGGUGUACAGUGCAAGAUAUGGGUGCAUGUGCAAAGCUGAAACAUCAUGAAGGCUUCGAGAUUGCUGUGCCUGCUUAGAAAAUUUCAUCCUCUGUGAGCUGGAAGCCGUCAUACUUCAGUCUUAUAGUACAUUUAUGUGUAUUGGUGCACACAUGGUGCAUGCAGUUCCACGAAGGCAGUUGUGUGGCUGGGAAGUGAAACAUUACCAUACACAUAAAUGAACUGAAUUGAAUAAUCUGCGAGAAUCGGAGGAUCGUAUAAGACAGCAACAUAUUGAAUCCUCGCACAGGGAGAAAGUUUUGGUGCGGCGACUUGCCACCAAGGAACAGGAAAUGCAGGAAUAUGCUAAUCAGAUUGCUGAGCUGAAAGCUGCCCAAGCUCCAGGAGCAACGGCUCUGCGCACUGCACUUCUUGAUCCUUCAGUGAAUCUGCUACUUCAGCGGCUGCGCCAGGAACUGCUGUCCACAAGGGCACGCUUGGAAGAGACACAGAAUGAGCUCAGUGCUUGGAAAUUCACACCAGACAGCAAUACUGGUAAAAGGCUAAUGGCCAAAUGCAGGCUUCUUUAUCAAGAGAAUGAAGAACUGGGACGUAUGAUUUCUAGUGGCAGACUUGCAAAACUUGAGGGAGAUUUAGCACUGCAAAAAAGCUUUAGUGAAGAAGUGAAAAAAUCCCAGUCUGAACUAGAUGAAUUUCUUCAAGAUUUGGAUGAAGAUGUGGAAGGAAUGCAGGGUACAAUAUAUUUUUUACAACAGGAACUGCGUAAAGCAAAGGAAUCAAAUGCUGCCCUACAGCAAGAGAAUUCUGCUUUGAAAUCUGGUGGAGUGACAACAACAGAGCAUAAUACUGGUUUACGGACAAGUGAGGUGGGAAGGGAAUCGAGGCCACGGACGCCUUUGUGUCAUAAUGGGAUAAGGGAGAAAGGGGAGGAUGACUCUAGAGGUUGGGAUGAGCGGACUCAAGGGUCAGAUAGGCCACUAACCAGGGACACAUCCUCAUCCCAGUCACCAGGUACUGAAAAUGCAGCAGACCGUCCGGCAGGCCGAGAUGGGUCUCAUCCACCACAGCAGCCACCUCCUGAGGAAGACAGUGUGUCUUGUGAUGCUAGGUCCCCAGAAGAUACCCGUCUGUCCCCUCAGCGUAGACCUCAUAGUCAGUAUGAGGAAUCGAACGAUUCAACGAAUGUACAUUCCAGCAUCCCCCCUAGGACGUCUCAGAAUAGUGAGAGGAACUGGCAAAAAGUUAUCGUUGAGCAAGAUGACUCUUCUAGUGACUCAAGUGAAUUAAUACUUAAGAUUGAAUCUGAAGACAUCGCUGAUGAUGAUUUGGAUCCCCAGAGUUCUGAUGCUGGAGCUGAAACCAACAAAGUGGGUAACAGUGUGAAUGAGAGAGACAGGAGUGUGCCCAUUAGUGCAGAUAGGACUGCAGAUCGUACUGAUGUCAUAAAAGAGCAGUCGAGGGAUGGCAGAGACUCCCCAUCAUCCAGGAAAAGAACAUGUUCAAAUGAUGACAGCAGUAAUGAUAGUGACAAUGUACCAUUGAUAAAAAAGGUACGCCGUGAUUCAGAAAUUUCCCUUCAUUAUAAUGAGGAGGAGGAUGAUGCAGGCCUGACAAAUGGAGAGAGUGGUGUUUCAGGUAGUAGGACUAGUGGGAAGUAAUGCAUAAUUAUUUUGCAUAAUCACAUGUGUAGUAUUUAUCAGCAUAACGUGAUAUGUUUUAUUCCCAGUUUAUUUAAGUGCAGUCUCACAAAUUUUAUAAUAUGUUUUGAACAUCCAGAUUUAUUGUGGUAGAAAGUUGUCAGCUAUAAUUUUGUAUACAGUAUGUGUAAAGUUACAUGCAGAUGUAAAAUAAAAUGUUUUAUGAAUAUUGAA